GGCGAACUUAACUGGCUCUUCCUUUCAGUACUGAAGCUGAUGCAUCAAGCUGCGACCGCAAGGACGUUCAUGAAUCAAUGCUGACUACAAGUUACGGCCAUGAUGCAUCAGAAUACUGGACACCGGUCGUGCUGCCACCACCGUCAUCUCUUUGCGGUUUUUCUCUACGAAAAUCAUUCUGUGCAUAUCUGAUCUGGACAAGUGGUACCACCGGUUUAUCCGUGUCCUCCACUUGCUCAGGCGAAUCAUUUGAUUCAUCAGGAUGCAUGAUAAGGAUUCAUGGCCCGAGUUGUCUCGAGCAGGGCAAACGAUUGUAAAGCUCAGGGAUGGGAACGCUAUGGAUAUACCCUUGAUAAUCAUUCACGGUGGAGGCGGAGCGAUUCAUGCUUUCGGUCCAUUACAGCGCAAAUUCCGUUCCGCUCUUUGGGCCCUUCAAGUUACCCCAGACACGCCCCUUACAACCGUGGAGGACCAGGCGAACUUCUAUUAUGAUAAAAUCAAGAGUGAACGAAGAUCAGGACCUUACCGACUCGCCGCGUUCUCAGCCUCCAGCAUCAUCGGAUUCGCCCUUACACGUAUCUUUGAGCGCAAUGGAGAUACAGUGGUCCAAUUCGCACUUAUUGACCACUUUCCGACUACCUUUCUUGCACCUGUGCUUGGUGUCGAUGUCACCCAAACGCCACUCCAAUAUCCUCGUGCCCGGAAAGAGUUCAUUGACGCUAGCUUUGACAAUUUGGUCGUCAUGACCCGGAGAGAUGGGGGCGGAAAUGUUCCUCGACGACAUCGCCUUGCGGAUGGGCUCUCCGAUGCUCGCAAAGGGCUACCGACUGCACCCUUCAUUCAGUCACACAAGGAUAUCUUAGACCGAUUUCUUAACCAGGUUUUUGACUUCAUGCUAGUCAUUUGUGGGAUCUCAGAAGGGUCGGCGUCAUCUGAUAUAGCAUGCGAGCCGGGACACAAAGUCAUUAAAGCACUGGAAGAUUGGCUCAAAGCUGUCGAUGCACCUGUGUCCAUCUAUCUCGGGUCCUACGGGAUGAUAGGAUCUAUUCCCGUGAAGCAUCGCAAAGAUUGGUACGAUUUGGGGAUUCAUCGUUGCUUCCCUAGUGCCAAAGUCAUAUAUCUACAGGCGGGACAUUAUGACAUCCUGGAUAACGAUGUGUUGAUUAACUCGUUACAAGAUGGAUUUAUUCCCUCGUCUCGACUGUAGAUUCUACAUAUCGCCUUCGAAAAAAUGCUUUUCAAAAUAUGUAUAUACAUAAGGAGAACAGGAAUCUCCCACUGCGUAGCAACCAGCACUGAACUCGGCAAUUAUCAACUAUCGGGCAAACAAUCGUCUAGUGCCAGGCUUAUCAUAUG